AUGAAUAAAAAAAAAGUAAAAGAUACAAGGGUCAAGCUGGCGGGAGAUGAGACAAAGAACGUGUCGGAGGAGGGAGAGGCCAACAGAGGACCAGACAGCUCAGCAGACAGGGAGUCUCCCGGGCCACAUGACAAGACGGUGCGUGUGGAAGUGGAGUGGGACAUCCCCAUGUCAGUGACACUGCCUGUCCAGGUGCAAGCUGACCCCGCACAGCAGCCCUUUCCCUUCCUGGACACGACACUGGCCGACCUGGGCAUCCAGGAGUCAGAGGUGAAGGAGAGGGUGGUGUGGGUCGACACCAAGAAGACACAGGUGAAGAACAAAGCAGGGAAGCUGAAGGAGAAGGAGAUCACCAUUCUGGAGGUGCGAGUGAAGGCCCAGAAGCCUGGCGAUACAGAGCUGCAGGAGGUGCUUUACAGCACCGAGGCCCACACUGACCGCUCCUUCUGUCGCACUGGAAUGGAUAUUCUGCCCUGGAAACAGAGAAGCACAGGGGAGACCGAGCUGUCGCCAGUGCAGAUGACGAUGGCGCUGGAAAACAAGCAGCCUGACCUGAAGGAGCCUGAAAGACAGCGGGAGAUCUAA